AUGUCAGUCUCCGCUGUGAUGUUGGGGCCUCAACUCCUCUCCAUGCCCGUCCCUCUCCGCAACCCCUCCGCAAAGGCGUCGUUCGGACUCACCCAGAUGGCGCCACCACUCUGCGGUGGUAGUACUGGGUUGGUCAUAGAAUGCUCGUCCAGGCCGCAGAAGAAGGCGACGGCUCACCACCGCAAGACCCGCCCACGCAAAACGGCUGCUUGGGACGUUAAACGUAAGCCCACCGUGUACGCUCCUCUGCCGCCUCUCCCCGCCGAUUGGGUUUUCCUCAAUUCUUCUGAUGAUGCUUCCGCUGCUGACCCUUCUCCUCCGCAAGAACAGGCCACUGUUCAGUAG